GCACCGCGCGAUUUUGCUUCUCCUCCUCUUUCUUGGUGUUUCCAACACCGGUGUCCUUCCAGGCUGUUGCAAGAACCAACUGCUCUGCAGCUCUGGGUGUCUUGGCCAGCUUUCUUGGACGUCUCCAUCCCACCCGUUCUCACAUCCCAGUUGACUAUAUUUUUUUCCCUUGUCAGCGCUUGCUGAUUUCCCUCUGCUCCUGCUGCGUUGAGUGUUGCGAGAGGUUUGUCUGAGAGACCUUGUCUCCCCUGUGCUGUGCUCUGUUGCUGCUGAAAUCAGCCGUCCCCGAGCUGCGGCAGGAGCUUGGGCUCCAUGCAGAUAAACGGUUGCACCUUUGAGAGCUUGCCUUCCCCCAGGCUGCUGGUAUGUGCUGUUCUGAGGCAGUUGGCAGGCAUUGCUUAUAUAUAUAUAUAUAUAUAUGUGUGUGUGUGUGUGUGUGUGUGUGUGUGUAUUAAAUAGAACAGCUCAGAAUAUCCGGCAGGCAGAGGUUCAUUCAGCAGCGCGAGUGUUUCCAGGCCUUUUCCCUUUCCUUCCUUCCCUCCUUCCCACUCUUCCUCAGCUCCCCCAAGAAGAACGAUGAGUUUUUGUGUCAACAACUCAGUAGCUCAGAGUCGGAUGCCGACUUUUAAAUGGCUUCCACUUGCCGUGUGUUGAUGAUGCCGAUACUCUCCAGGCAGCAGAUAACGUGGAAAGCAGAAAACAGGAAGCCCAGAGCCUCGCAACCUCACAGACAGCUUCGGUCCGAGCCGAGGUUACGCUGGAACCGGAGCUGUCGUCGCCUUCCGAGCUCUCUUGCAGCUCCAGCUUGCUGAAGUUCAUCCGCGUCACCCCGAGGUGGAGAGAGACUUUGAAAGGGAAUAUGGAAAGCUUCAGCAAUUGGAAGAUCAGACCAAAAAACUUCAGAAGGAUAUGAAGAAAAGCACAGAUGCAGACUUGGCCAUGUCCAAGUCGGCUGUCAAAAUCUCUUCGGACCUGCUGUCCAACCCCCUGUGUGAACAGGAGCCCAGCUUUCUGGAGAUGGUCACGGCCUUUGACACAGCGAUGAAGAGGAUGGACUCCUUCAACCAGGAGAAGGUGAAUCAGAUCCAAAAGACCGUCAUAGAGCCUUUGAAAAAGUUCAGCAGCGUGUUCCCCAGCCUGAACAUGGCAGUGAAGAGACGGGAGCAAACGCUGCAGGACUACAAGCGCCUGCAGUCCAAGGUGGAGAAAUACGAGGAGAAGGAGAGGACCGGCCCCGUCCUCGCCAAGCUGCACCAGGCCCGCGAAGAGCUGCGGCCGGUGAAGGAGGACUUUGAAGCCAAAAACAAGCAGCUCCUGGAGGAAAUGCCCAAGUUCUACAGCAGCCGCAUCGAUUAUUUCAAACCCAGCUUCGAGUCGCUGGUCCGGGCGCAGGUUGUGUACUACACGGAGAUGCACAAGAUUUUUGGGGACCUGACAGCGCAGAUCGACCGGCCCGGCUUGAGCGAUGAGCAACGGGAGCGGGAGAACGACGCCAAGCUGAGCGAGCUGCGGGCUUUGUCCAUCGUGGCCGAUGACUGAGCACUGGGGGGGGAUGAUGGGGGGGGAUGAUGGGGAGCACCCCCCCCCCCAGUUCCGCCAGCGCCCCCCAAGCUGGGCUGCUCCCCGUCUCCUCCCUCCCAGCAACAGACUCAGGGGGGUUUAACCGCUGGCUGCUCCCUUUGCCCCCGUGGCUCUGCCCUCCUGCCAGGACAAGGUAUUGCCUGGGGCCGGGGGCGCAGCAGGGCUCCCCCCUACCCUAGCCAGCUGUGCAACAUCUGCGUUAUCUCUGCCCCCCCCCCCCCCCCCCACCACCUGCAGCCAGGCUUUGCCUUAAAUAGGGGUUUGCAGCGGAGAAGGGAAGCGGGGGGGCCCCCGCUCAGCUGAAAAUGGGGAGCGGGCUGGGUGCUGCCAGCCGCUCCCAGGCCCACAGCACCCCCACCCCAGCUCCGGAUCGGGCCCAGGCUCUUUGCUUUCUCCAGCAGAAGGACAGGGCCACUCCUGCGCCUGCCGGUGGGCCAUUCAUUUUGUGCCUUAGUAGCCACCCCCCGGGUGGAGGGCGGGGGAGCGGGGAAAGGAGGAUAAAAACUUUCAAAUUCCAUUUUUUGAGGCAUCAGGAGAGGGUGAUGCAAGGGCUGCGCUUCCCCUGCCGAGCAUCAAGUGAUGCCAAGCUCUAAAUCAGCUGUUUAAAAACAGGAACAGUGUAAAAGUGCCUCUGCCCCACAGCUGGGGGGGGGUGUGUGUGUGUGCACAUCUGCAUAGCCAUGGGUGCCCCCCUCCGAGGGAUAAAGGGCGGGGGGGGGGGCGGGAAGCCCAAACCCCAGGGCAGGGGAAGACAAGGCGGGAUGCAAAAGGGAAAUACAACCCAGGGAAAACCGGGGGGCUUGGAGGGGGGUGGGGGGGGAACUCCACAGCCAGAGUGGGGGGACAGGGGCCCCGCUGCUCUUCUCCAAUAAAGUUUUUGGCAGAGCA